CGACCGGUCCUUGUGGCGUCACAGGGGCCCCUCGGAGCCCCGCCAGCCCCAUGCACCCAGUCGCGGCGCGGCGGCGAGGGGAGUGGGCGCGGCGCGCGGCGGGCGGCGGCGGCAUGGCAGCGGCCGGAGCCCGGGGAGCAGGUCGGGAGGCGGGAGCGGCCGCUUCGGGCGCGGAGAGGCGCGCGUGAGAGCCGGCGCGGCGCGAGGGCGGAGGAGGUGGGUCACCGCGCCGGGGCGACUCUGCAUGGCUGAGGCGGCGCCGCGGCGGAGCAGCGCGGCGGGAGGCGACCGCUGCCCGCGCCCGCCCGUGCGCCGCGCGCUGCCAUGGAGGCGCAGGGCCUGGAGUGGCUGCUGGUGCCCGUGCGGCGCCUGGCGGCGUGGGGCGCGGCGGCCGCCAUGGUGUUCGGCGGCGUGGUGCCCUACGUGCCCCAGUACCGCGACAUCCGGCGGACGCAGAACGCGGAGGGCUUCUCGGCCUACGUCUGCCUGGUGCUGCUGGUCGCCAACAUCCUGCGCAUACUCUUCUGGUUUGGAAGGCGUUUUGAAUCCCCUCUUUUGUGGCAAAGCAUUAUCAUGAUCAUUACUAUGUUACUGAUGCUGAAACUGUGCACUGAAGUACGUGUGUCCAACGAGCUAAACGUAAAACGCCGCUCUUUCGCAGCUGCAGACAGUAAAGAUGAAGAAAUCAAAGCACCUCCCAAGAGAUCUUAUCUGGAUUUUGACUUGAACUAUUUUUGGCAUUGGAGCAAGUUUACAGACUACGUGCAGUGUGUCCUGACCUUCACUGGUGUGGCAGGUUACAUCACUUACCUCUGGCUUGACUCAUCUCUCUUUGUUGAAACUCUGGGCUUCCUUGCGGUGUUCACCGAGGCCAUGUUAGGCGUUCCCCAGCUCUACCGCAACUACCAGAACAGGUCUACAGAAGGAAUGAGCGUCAAGAUGGUGCUGAUGUGGGCCAGUGGGGACACCUUCAAGACUGUUUACUUUAUCUUGAAUCAGGCCCCGUUCCAGUUCUCCAUCUGCGGGCUCCUCCAGGUGUUUGUGGACAUCGCUAUCUUGCUGCAGGUUUACUUGUACAGCUCCUACACCCAGAAGCCCACGUCCCACCCUGCACACACUGCCAGCGCCAAGGCCCUGUGAGGUGCUCGGCCGGACGGGCUGCAGGUCAGCAGUGCCGCAGUCACCUGCGGCAGCUCCUCUUCCAUUUGUAAAUACUCCUGCGUUGCUGAGUUGAAAGCAGAAAUGAGACCAAGGAUUGGAAAUUGGGCUGCAGCUCCAGCUCUGGAGGUUUUGGGUUAAAUAACUUGCUCUCUCUGUGUUUUCUGACUUUGCUGUACAGACCUGGUUCCUGGUGGGGGGAGGGGCACUUUACUUUUGCAUAUGUACCUAUGAGCCUUAUCAAUUCACAUAUGUUUGUAUAUUUAAUCACAAGGGCUGGAUGUUUUGUGUUUUUAAUGCUAUUUAAAAAUGUUACACCACAGAAAUUAUAAGAUAUUUUGUCUGAAACUUUUACCUAUUUAUAUAAUAUAAAGUCUGUACAUUAGCAGGAAGUUUGUGGCAUAUGUUAGCAUUCAGUAUCACCACAAUGCAGGAAGAAGAGCGAACGCAGGAGUUAUCUCUUUUUCCUUUAAUAAGGAUAUCUGGUGAGCAGAGAAAGUGAGGGAGGGAGGCCCUGCAAAGAGGGGAACGAUGGAAAUGAAUCGAUCCCAGGCAGUAUAAAGCAUCAGUGUGCUAAAGAGUGGAAGGCAGGUGUUCACCCCUGCUGUGGGAUCGGUGUGGCAGGUGAACACAACAUGAUGGUGCAGGGGGUCUGAGUAUGGGUGAUGCUGUAGCCAAAUCUAAAAUGGACGCAGCUAGUCCAUGCGUUCAGCCAAAAGGAGAAGCGAACAGGAGACUGCGAGAGGGACUCUUGAUAGUGUUGCUUGGAAAUGGGGGGUUUGGAAAUAGCCCACCCUGCGCUCAGGGUGCAGCUCUGCUCCUACAGCGGUGCACGGGGCAGAGCAGGUCUGUAGUACACCUGUUGCAAACCAAGGGGCUAGUAGAUGUGUGUUGCCAGUAUUGCCAGGCGAGUAUUUCUAGAUGACAACUGAGAGACACAAAGAUGGAAGCAACCCUACUUUCAUUGCCUCAGAGGGGGAAAUGAGAAGGGUUGAGGUGGAGAAAAGCUUAUAUCCUAUAGAGUAGGACCAGCACCUAACAGCUUGAUUUGUUGAGGCUGAGGUUCAUGCUUAUGUUGUUUUAUGCCAAAUAAGUCCAGUCUAUGUUUUGGGGCAUCUCUUGCAUUGGCCCAACAGGGAGGGAGUACACGUUUUCCUUUUUCUGCUGCCUAAGAUCUUCUAGGCUCUUAGAUGAACAGUCUGUAGUUGGACCAAGGGACUGAAAAGGCUAAAAGAGCAGAGAGCUUAUUUAUAAAUAUAGAUGUUGUCUAUAAUGGAUACUUGCCAGCGUAGGUCACUGCGCCCUUUCUGAGAGGCGCACGUGUCUAGAGGCUGCAGGUGGUGUGCAGCCCUCAGGGGGCUGCACCAAGGCCCUGGCAUCCUGCCGGUUGCCAUAAUGAAACUGCCUUGGUUGGUAGGAGACAGCUACAGCAAGAUGCUUAGUCCCAGGAAUGGUUAGGCCUGCACUGCUGUCUUCUGCGUGAGACUCGCUCGCUGCUGUCAGAUGAAUCCUGUACAACCACAGACAAGGUGUUAGAGCUGGGAGAGAGUUUUGAGAACCAUUUUUUCCCUCUAAGAAUAGCCCAAGAGCUCAUGUUUUCUUAAGUACAGCAGCAAGUCUGAGGUUUAACAGCUUCAGUGUGUAAAUCAGGUACUUGCCCUACCCUGUUUUCUUUGAGAAUCUCAUGGUCUGAAUCUGGACCAUCUUCACUGGUGGCAAAGUGUCCUCUGCAGGGGAAGCUGCAGCGGGCCAUGGCAGCAGUGGCAGCGUGCUUGCUUGGGCACAUCUGCCCUGAGAUAGGGAAGAUGGGGCUGGCCCUGUGCUGCUUUACAGACCCGCACCCCUCUCGCUCCCCGCUUGGCCCUGAGCUGAUACAGGGGCUCUCCCACAUGUGUGAUGUGGUUUUGGAGGUGACGUGCUGGGGGCAGAGGGCUGAGGAGACUCGAAGGUGCUGGCUGAGCUGUCCUUCAGGGCAGGGGCACUGCUGGGGUUGGAGGAAGGAGCCCUGCGGGGAGUCACGUCCCCCGGGGGAGUCACAGCCCUUGGCAGCCCUGAUACAGAGCCCAGGAGAGCUGCUGGCUGCGUGCGAGGGCCAGGCAUGGCAGGCUUGGGCCAGAUGCUGGCUCUGUGCUUUUUGUUUGAUACCAUACUCUCUUAGGCCUGAAGUGACCUUACGAAGAUGAUGUACCCGGCCUGGCAGGCUAUGCAUGUUUUAUUCCUCUCUUUUCUCCAAUGUUCUGGUUGUGUUAUAAGAACAUCUGGGCUUUUGUCUUUUUUAAUUGAAAAUGUACUUAACAACUGGCCUUGGUGGUAUGCUGCUUUAAUGAGGAUUGUAUUUCUACUGUAUGCAAAUGAACACUUUCUUUUGUGUUUUAAUGGUCUGAAGUUUUUUCUUUUUUUUUCUUAAGAACUUGUAAUGAUAAGAUUUUUGUAUAUGAUGGUCUUUUUCUAAUAUUCUAUGAAACAGGGAUAUAAGAUAUAAAUGGCUGUUAAGAAAUACGCUUCUGUAUGUUAUAGCUUACCCUGGGAGUGCACACGCUUGGUCAUCUCUUUGGCUUUGAACUACAGGUAUUACUGAGGAGAAAACAACUGUUGUUUUUUUCCACUUGGGACUCUUCACUGUGCAGACUCUGAAGUCUGUUACCAGUACCAAAACCAGAGUGCUCUGCAAAUGAGCCUCAUUCAUCCCAGAACUGCAAAUGCUGGAAGAGAAGCCAGUGAACUCAUGUCUAAAAUCAUUUUCUAUAUGAGGCUUUCAGCAAGGUUGAACACUUGGCCAGGAACUCUUGAACUGCAGCUGAUAAGAUACUUUAGAGACAAAACAUUACAGAACUUAAUUUUUGUUUUUUGUCAGGAAAUAUCUGUAUCAAUGAUCACCUCAGCAAAUUAAGAAAUCAGUUACUUUAAAUACAUCUCUCUGAAUGUAUGGCACAUUUCACGGAGUUUAUUUUCUGUCAGUGGCAGUGAUUUUUUUAAAAAUAAAAAUAAUCUGUUUAUAUAUAAA